AUGUUUUUGUGCAACAAUACAAGACAUGAAACACAAGACAAAGGAUUGAAUACUCGAGAAGUGAUUGAAUCAGACAUUGAAUCCAAUGAUGGCAUCGAUUGUGAUAUUACUGUGGAAUCAGAUAACGAGACAAUUAACGGAACAGUCGAUGAAAAUGUUGUCACAAAUCAAACGCAAGACAUAAGUAUUACUGAAGAAACGAUUGAUGGAAGUGUUGAUGAAAAUGAAAUACAAAGAGACGACAAUUUAAUUAAUAAAACUCAAGACAAAGGGUUUUGUGUCGAAGAAAACACUGAAUCAGACAUCGAGUCAAAUGAUGGCAUCGAUUGUGACAUUACUUGUGAUUCAGAUAACGAGACAAUCGGUGGAAGUGUUGAUCAAAAUGAAGACAUGAAUGAAAGACAAGACUUGAAUAGAAAUAUAAAGAAAUGUGAAGUAAAAGAGAGCGAAACAGAAGUGAACAGCAAUUCAGACACCGAUUACACCGAAAGUGAGACAAAACGGAGGAAAUAUGAUAUGAAAACUGGCGGUCAGUUUAUCUGCGAUUUCAUGGGAUGUGAUGCGAGAUAUCCGUUGAAAAACAGUCUCUAUAAACACAAAUUGAAACAUUCGGGUCAGACAUACAGGUGUGAUGUCGAGGAAUGUGAGGCAAUGUUUACCACUAAAGAAUACCAAACUCGUCAUAAGAAUAGACUUCACUCUAAGAAGUCAUUGUCUGGAAGUGAUUACAAUUUAAGUGAAAAUAACUCAAAAACAAAUUCGGAUAAUAAUUGCGAAACAAAUGCCAAAAGAAAAGUGAAAUUAAAUACAAGUGAAGCGAAAGACAGCGAAACAGAAGAGUAUAAUAACGGGUCGAGUGAUAAAGAAAUGGACAGCAAUUCAGACACCGAUUGCACCCAAAGACAGACUAAACGUAGAAAAUAUGAUAAGAAAACUGACGGUCAGUUUGUAUGCAAUUUCAUCGGUUGUGGAAAAAAAUUUAUGACAAGAAAAUCUGUGACUCAACACAAACGCAUACAUUUUGGUCAUACAUAUCAGUGCGAAGAGUGUGGAAAGUGUGUCAAAUCCAAUCGAUCACUCAUUCAACACAAACGCAUACAUUUAGGUGAGACCUACCGUUGCUCUGAAGUGGACUGUAGGGCAACGUUUGCCACCGAAGUAAACCUAAGACAACACACUAUUGUACGUCACGGCUCUAAAUACCGUUGCGAUCAUAAGGGAUGUGAUUAUAAAACUGGACGUAAGGAGAGUAUAAACGAGCACCGAAUCAGUCAUUCAAAUGAACGCCUAUUCAAGUGUUCAAUCAAUGGCUGCGAUAAGACGUUUAAAACAGAAGUUCAGUUGAAUAAACAUCAGUUGAGAGCACAUCCCGACUCAUUUGCAGACAUACCAUGGAUUGAAUGCUCGCAUACGGGCUGUCAGUAUAGGACUAAAUGCAAACCAGACGUUACGGUACACAUGAAAACUCAUUUAAAGCCCUAUCGAUGCGAUGAAUGCGGAAAAUGUUUUGGUAAAACAGAUCAUCUCAACAGACAUAAGAGAACUCACGACAAGUCGUUGCAAAUCCUGUGCGAAUGGCCUGAAUGUGAGCGAAGAUUUGCUGAUCGAGAUAACAUGAAAAGACAUAUGAAUUCACACACGUGUGAGACCACAUACCGGUGCCAAUGGCCCGGUUGUGACAAUACUUAUGUCAAUAAAUGGUCGUUAAGUGUACACCAAAAGAGAGUACACAAGGGUUUGUUGGAAAACAAGUGUCAUUGGCCUGAAUGCGAGUACUCGACCACUAAUCCCAUUAGACUUCAUAAUCAUAUCGAUAGACAACACAAGGGUCUGCAGGACUACCGGUGCUCUCAUACGGGCUGUGAUNAUCAUAUCGAUAGACAACACAAGGGUCUGCAGGACUACCGGUGCUCUCAUACGGGCUGUGAUUAUACGACCACUAAAUGCGGACAAUUAGACUCACAUAUGAAGACUCAUAACAAAUAA